GGAGAGGAGAAGGUGGAGGAAGAAGAAGCAGAAGAAGAGAGCAAACCGGGACGAGCUCGCUUUCGUUUGCGUUCCGCGCGUUGUCCGCGAUCGGUGAUUCCACGCUCACGCAGAAUCGCGCGCGCGUCCUGACCGCGUCCUGAUCCGAGGUUUCGUUCUCCGGUCUGCUGCUUCUCGGGGUGCGCGAUGUGCUCUGACAAGGUCCGCGUGGACCACGGAACCGAUCGCUGAUCGCCGGCUGACGUCGCUGUUUUGCGCGUCGCUGUCAGCAACGACGCGCUUUGAUCAAAACGGGAUCAGGCAGGCCGACCGGCUUACUCAACUUCAUUGCAUAUAUAGACUUUAUCUGCGGCAACGAGGAAGAGCCGGGGAGUGCAUUGGUUGCAUCAAGCUCCGUCGCGUAGUCCGCGGCUGUCAUCGCGAAGAUGAAAGUCGAUCAGCUCGGGCUUCUUCUCUGGAAGAAUUACGUUAUACGCAAGCGGCAGCCGGGAAUCCUAGCCUUGGUUUUUCUCUGGCCGGUGGCGGUCUUCAUGCUCCUCUACACGCUGCGCGAUAACGUCGACCCGGAAUAUUAUCCAACAUGUCAAUUUCCCGCAAGGUCAAUGCCGCAGGACGGGCUCUUGCCUUUCGUGCAGAGUUACAUAUGCAGCGUCGGUAAUCCCUGCGACCCGCUGGCGGAAUACGAGGAAGUGCCUUCGUACAGGAACGCCACUUUAGGCCCUUUAAUGACGGAUCUGCAGCCAAUGCUCAAUAACAUGACGAUUAUCUCCGCCGUGGAGACGCUGCCGCAGAGUAUACAGCUGCUGAAGUCGAUGGCGCAGAUUCUCACCAAGCCGGAGAUCAAGACGUUUUUCGACAGGGGGAUUCUCUUGGGCGAUCUGUUCAACAAUCACAAGGAGAUCAAGGACCUGCUGAAAUCCCAAAUGCCGAACGCGAGGGAGGGAUUGAUUGAUGGAUUGUUCGAGUUGUCGGUGAAAUUAAUAUAUCUGAUCCAAACUUUCGGCUCGUCCAACAUCGACGGGGUCGUAUGCUCGGCGGAGAGCUUGAAGAAAUAUUUGAUUGUGCCCAGAGAGGAGGAUUACGCGGAAAUUUCAGACCUCUUGUGCAAUAUCGAUUCCAAGGCGAUCCCCGACAUUCUGGAGAAUCUCUCGAAGCAUCUGGACUUUAGCGGCCUGCUGGAGAUGGUGGACCGCGCGAUGGCGCAAUUUCGUCAUUACAACUUCUUUCAGGAUCUGAAGCGGGCGACGGAAAUCAUUCUGGAUCUGAAAACGACCAAGAAGUACGUACCCGAGUACCUGAGACUGCGCGAGUGGCUACCAAGGAUGAUCCUGGCGUUCGAAAACGUAACCUUCAAGGAGAUCGACCUCGGCUUCAUCAACAAAGCCAUUGUUAUCUUGGACCCUGUGUUUACGCAAGAACGGGACUGGUCCACUGCCCGUGGCGGCUUUUUGAAAAUAAGCAGACUGCUAAAAAUGGUGAAGGAAGUUCUAAAGUACGGCAAACUCAAUUCCACGGAUGAUUUCUUCAGCGUGAUGGAUCGGCUGGGAGGAGCGAUAAAGACUUUCGCCUCGGACGCGGAUAAUUACAACAAUAUCACGCAGAUAUUGGAUCUGUCCUUCUUGAUCCUACAGGACGGCGUCAAGCUCACCGACAGAUUGCUGGAACGCCACGUCGGCGACUUUGAGCUGGCCGCCGAAGUUUUCGAUGGACUCAGAAACUUCUUUCACGAGAACAUAGUGAAUUCGAUGACGUACAUUGUGUCGCUGAUGGAUAACAUCGUGCAAAUGACUCAUCACGUUGCAGUUCUCCACGAAGACACUCUGAGAAGACUGUACGAGGUGUCUAGGAAACAUCAGGAUUUGGUUCAGCAGAUCCUGACGAAUUUAGACUCCAACGUGUACAGGACGAUCAUUCGGUCCUUCUCGCGACUGGAUCUCUUGGAGCGUCUGAUAGAAGAUCUGCGCGAAGCGAGACCCGGCGAAGUACUCUGUCGUAGGAACGUGACGAACGAGAUAUUCGACAAUUUCGUCGAGUUCAAAGACAAGUCCGAUGAGAUCGAGAGGUUACUCUGCAGCGAUUCCGGAAAAGAAUUGAUCGCCGAUGUCUACGACAGCUUCGAUCUGGACAAAUUCGAGAGGAUCAUGGGCGACACUCUAUCGACCCUGGUCACUAUGGCGUUCAAGCAGACCGUCAGGAUCCAGAAUACAAACUUAACGUCCGUCGUGAGGCACGUGAGAGAGUUCGUGGCGUAUUUGGACGCGCGUAAGGUAAAAUACUUGGAUUGGUCCGUCUUCCGGGUCAACGACGACUGGGCUAAAGCCUUCGAGGAGACGCAAACUCAAGGCAGAGUGGAUAUUCUGGGGAUUCAUCUGAGCGUAGCGAAGAUGGUGGGCUCUAGCAGCUUGUCCUACGUGACUAUCAAACCGGACCUGGAGAAGAUGAACAUACUGGCGAAAGAGAUCCUGCGCAUGCUGCGCGUUAAUUCCGCCAACUGGAUCACGGAAGUGUCCCGGCACCAGGCCGAGUUGAUCGAGUCGUUCUACCUCACCGUGACGGACAGACAGAAGACACUGCAGAUCCUGACGUAUCCGAAUUUCACCAAGACCCACUGCACGGACCCGAAUCCGCCGGCUCUGUUGAACUUUCCCAAGGAAUCGAACGCCACGCUCCUCAGGGGACUGGUGUGCUCCCUAUCGAAAUUGGUGCAGGCGGGUCUGGAGGUGAACGUGACCGACAUCGCCAUCGAGGAAGGAAUCGCUCGCUGGAAAGGAGACGAGAAAGGGGGAGGAUUUAAUUGGACAGCUUUCAACGAGAAGAUCAUCGAGAUUUACCAGUAUAUCGACGUGAUGGUGCGUCGGGAGGACCAGCGGUACGACUCGAAGAGAAUGGAAAAGUUGAAGCGGGACUUUGAGCUCGCGUGGACGAGGGACGUGACGGUGAAAGAUGCGUGGGAAAUCAGCGUAGGUUUAAUCUGCAAGCUCUUUAGCGUGAUGGAGAGUCCGGUGUUUGGGAUACAGAGGAGACAGCACUGGCAGGACAUUUACGGGGUCGCGUGGACGAUAUCGGUGAUCUUCGAAAAGACCGAGAUGAUGGUGGACGAUAUUCAGCAGAACCGGAACAAGGUGAAUCUCAGCAGUGUGCUGCAGGACAUGCCUCAAACCGAGAUACUCGUCGGCACGUUCCUGAGAAAUUUGCCUCCGAUCAUCCUCGACCUGAUCGACAUGAUCACGCUGAAGCCGGCUAUCGUAUCGGUCGUCGAGGACUAUAAGUUGCGCGAACGGCUCUGGCCCUGCGUCAUGAACGAGAGUGUCGGCAGCGUGCUGGAGCUGAGAAACAAGAGUCGCGAGAUCGUGCGGGAGAUUGAACGUAUCGCUUGCAAUCCGGGUCUCUUUAUCAAGGAGUGGACGAAGCAGCCGGAAGUGAAGAAUCUUCGAAAAGUGCUCGACCACGAAGAGAACGUGAAUCUCCCGCCGUUCAACUGGACGAUGGGCUACGGCAAAUUCCGGCGGUUAUUGGAGAAGCUCGACAACCUGAUAAACAGCGCCAAGGAAGUCGUCCUGGCGGAAGAACCGAACUUGAAGAAAUACGUCAACACAAUCGUGGAAGGAGGGAACGACAUAAUUAAUCAGAGACUGUCGUCUAUCGAUACGAAGGGCAUCCUGGAUCAUAUCGACUCGGAGAUCGACAAGACGGUCAAAGCAUUCAAGAGCGAUCUGUCCGCCAGUAAGAUUUGGAGAUCGACAGUCAACGAGACUGAUCGCAUGCUCAUACUUCUGAAGUAUGUCUCCAACUUCGUUCACAAAGGUGCGCGAGUCGCGACCAACAUACUGAGUAAAGGCGUAGGGAAGAUCAAUUUGCUGUCCUUGCUGGGAUUCGACAGCACAACUCCCGUCGCCAUCUUCCACGAUCAGCUGCCUUAUAUCCUGUCGACGUUGUUGAACGGAAUAUCCGACCCCACGAUCGACGACAAAAUCGUGAGUUUAUUGAGGAACAACACCGCGAUUACGUGCUCGACGCUGUUCGACUGGCUGUCGGACACCAGAGUCGGCUUGAGCGUGGCGGACUACAGAACUUUGAAGAAUUUCACCUGCGAUCUCGACCCCGAAAACUUCAACGUGUAUACAGACUUCUACAUGGUGGAAAUGAUGGUCUGGAACAAGCCCGCUAGCAGUUACCGAUCUCACAUAGUCUCGAUGUUCGGCGACCUGUACGAUUUCGCGAAAGCCAUCACUCUCGCCAUCAGGAAUGGCGUAGUCAUCGAGCCGCCCUUCUCGAAGCAAUACUUGGACGAUAUGUUGCACAAAUUAAAGGAGACGCUGGAGAUCCGACAUUCGAAGAGCACUUUCCACGAGGAACUGAAGCCGGACCAAGGAUGGGCCAAUUACAGACUGCUGCUGGAAGGUAUAUCGGAGACUCUGUUGCACAUUAACGACGCGCUGAAAGAUGAGAAGAUCCGUGAUGACCACAAGAUCGAGACGUGGGAAUUGACGCAAAACGGCGACACUCGGCAGAUGCUGAAAAUUCUGGAAGCUCACCCCGAAGAGACCAUCGCGCUAGUCGCCAGCCUCAGUACGUUCAACCACACCACCGGCGAGUUCCUGCCAUUUAAGGAUAUCAGGAAGACCAUGUGCACUGCCCACUUUGUCUCUAAUUACUGGUUCGAGCCACACAGGGUGGAUUUCCUACAGAAGGUGUGCUCCUUCGAUCCUUAUCAGCUGUUGAGGACUGCCACAAGCGACGAAUAUUAUGACGUUAUCGUAGGUCAAACAAAUGUCCUGAAAUCGACGUCGCUGGUGAUGUCGUUGACAAAGUUAUUGGACACCGUGUCGAACAUCACGAGAACCUCGCCGGGGCUGAGUCUCAGCUCGAACAUCUUCAACGUGACGACGUGGCAGAAUCUGUCCAACGAGACCUGGGCCUUAAUCCUCAAGUCUGAACAAUCUUGGAUCCACGAGUACCAGCACUCGUCCUGGUACAGGUUCGACGUGAAGUACGACCACCACCGCUACUACAUGGACGCCGGCAGGCUGUUGCAGUUACUGGAAUCCGUGAUCGAGCUCGCUUCCGGCGGAGACAUUUGGCAGAAGCUUCGCGUCAUGCACGAAAGCUCGAAGCUCAAGCCGCUGCUGAACCUCGUGGAGGAUAUGCCUAAUCUGCUGAUCACCGCCGUCGAAACCUUCGUCUCGUCCGAGCGACUGGACGAUUUCUUGCAGAGGCUCUUGUCGGGUGAGCUACAUCCUUGCGAUAUCGAUCGCUAUCUGAUUCCACCGAGCUACAUGAGGAGGAAGGGAAUAUUGUCCAGCAUCACCAACUUCUGCCAGAAGAUCGUCAUGAGCGACAAGGGUCUGACGUGGACGGAUAUCUUGCCGUUCGAUUACAAGUACAAUCGGAGUGACGGCCAAUUUGCAACUAACACGACCGGUUCGAGCGUUUCGGGCUCGACGAGCGAAAUGCAGCUGCUGCAGAAGUUGCAGGGAUUCCAGACGACUUUGAUCCGCGGAAUCUCGUCGGAAGGUAACAGGCAACUGAAGAUCCCCACGUGGUGGACGUCCUUCGAGGAGAGCACUUAUAAGGACUUCGUCGCGCAAUACAAAAGGAAGGACAUGAGAGUUUUCGCGGAUUCAAUGGUGAAGAAAACAAUGUCGCUCUUGAAGAAUAUUUUGAAGACUAGUUUCGAUGUCAAAAACUGCUCGUGGUGCGUGACGCUUCCGAUAGAGAUUUUAAAUUCGCAGUUGUCGCACCACACUCUCUACACGAAGCUCCUCUGUAAGCUGAAUCGCCUGAAGAUAUCGGAGAUAGAAAAUGUCCUAACGAAUGACUUCAAUUGGAACAAAACGGCCACCAUGGUCAAGGAUUACAAAUAUUUGAAAAAGAAUAAGACGCUGGACGAGUUUCUGGACACGCUCGAGAGCACUCUGCGCCACGUCGCCAACAUUAUAAUCGAUUUCCAAAAUGAGACGUACCACGAGGAGGCGACCAAGUGCUUCGACAGAUUCAUCGGCAGCCCUGCGUAUUCCCGACCAGGCUUAUACGUCAUGUUGCUGCUGAGCAUACUGGAUAUGCUGGAAAAGAACGUUUACCUCUUGGACUCGUUGGCGUAUCACGAGAACAUCAACGACUUGACGAGAUUGGCCGAGAAUCACGUGCCGAUUUGGAUACCAUUGCGCGACGUGGUGAAGAAGUCCGACCUCGCUGAGAUCGACGCUCUGUUGCCGAAUGCCACAAUCAACGUGAACGCGAUUGUCAGCAAAGUCAACGCGAGUGCGUGUCGCACGAAGAACGACUGCCGGAACGCGAGUAUCUUGUACGAAUUUCUCAGCUCGAAGAGAGCGGACAAGGUUUUGCGUUACGACCCGAAGGCAGCCAACUAUCCGACGGUGUCCGAUAUUUCGAGCCGGUUGGCCCUUAGCCUGGAUGUGGAGCUCAUAAGUCGGCAGCAGCCGUUUUGGCGCUCGCAGGCCUCCUGGGACCUCACCUGGCUGAAGGAAAUCCUGCGUCAUCUGUCCACGGUCCUCGGAGAAGGCGGCAAUCUGCUGGACGUCGCCAGUAAAAUAGAUUUCGAGGACGUUUCCAACGUUCUCGGAGUUCCCGACCUCGCCGAUGGUAUAAUCAACAUAUUGAACGAUAAGACAAUCGAUAAGCUGUUUGACGGGAUGAAGGAACUCCUCGACGACAUGAAGCCGCUCUUGCAGGAUCAAGAAGUAAUCGAUGAUCUGCACAGCAUGAUCACGGCAUUGGAAUCAAUGGAGAUUUUCAAGAACUUGGGGCUGCUGAACAUGAAAUACGUUAUCAAGGAAAUGUUCGACAAUUGGGACGUCGUGAGGACGUUUCUAAUGGACAAGAUUAACGUCACCAAGGAGAUUCUUCACACACUGGCCGAGGCCAAGGUAGACAUGAUCUCGGUCUUCAUGAAGGAGCGCGGCGCAAUUAGUCUGAAAGACUCCAUCUGCUCGCCCGAGAAACUCGGCGAUAUGUUAUAUUUCAAUAACAGCCGCGUGACUGUCGAUGAAGUUAGCUCCGCACUUUGCCAAUUGAACGACUCGCAAACGCAAAACAUCGCCAUCACGUUGCUCAAGAACCUAAACUUUGGUUACAUCUUUAAAAAUUUAAUGAGCGCCAACGUAAAGAACAUACUGGCCAACGCGAACUUAACCGAGACCGAAGGGAAAGUUGUGCUGGACAAUCUCGGCGUUGCCUCGGAGUUGUUUCCAUUUUUCAAAGACAAACUAACGGCAGGCUUUCCUUCCGAGACAAAGAUGAAGGAAAACAACGAUGAGGAAACCGAGGGGACCACCAUGUCCAAUUCGCAAUUUCUCAAGGAUGCCAGCGAGAUGCUCUGCGGUAAGACUCUGAUAUCAGACAACGGACAAUUUUACAAACUUAUCACCAGCCUGGAGGACAGCAACAAGGCGUAUGAUCGGAAGGAGCUCGAUUCUCUGCCAAAUGAUUUCUGCAGACAGACAUACAAAGAUGUGCUCGCUAUGCCCGGCGGCAAGAUCAUCUGGUCGUACGUUAAGCCCCUGUUACGCGGCCAGAUUCUUUAUGCGCCCAAUACUAGAGCGAUCGCCGAGAUAAUGGCGCUGACGAAUGAAACUUUCGUGCAGAUGGAACACUUCAGCAUGCUGAUGAAUAGUUUCGAGAAGACUCUCAAGUCUCUGGCCAGUCUGUCGGAGAUGGGCGAUAGUUUGAAGGAGUUACAGAGCAUCUUGGCCUCGGACGUGAUGAAAGUCGCGGUCAAGUCAAUGGGAGGCGGCAAUUUCGAAGGCGACUUUUCGGAGCUGAAUCUCAGCGAGAUCGCGUGGCGGCUAAAGAGAUCGACGAAGCUGAUCUCGAUGGUGGGCAUGUUGAACGACAUGAUGGGUUGUGUGCUGGUGAACAGAACGAUAGGAUUCGCCACAGAAGCGGAACUGGAGGCGGUUGCCAGCCGCUUAACCGACACCAACGAGUUCUUGGCCGGCGUGAUUUUCCUCAGCGACUCCUCGCCACGCUCCAAAAGAUCCUCGGAUCACCUCCUGGAGUUACCUGAUAAUAUCACUUACAAGAUCCGCAUGGACGUGGACUACGUGCCGUCCACCACGCGACUAAAGAAUCAAUUUUGGAUGCCCGGUCCAGAGAGCAGUUUCAUCGAACACCUCAGGUACCUCCGUGGUUUCGUGCAACUUCAAGACUCCGUCGAUCGUGCGAUCAUCAAGGUGAAGGCUCGUCAAUAUCUCAACUGGAGGACGAUUACGCAACAGAUGCCGUAUCCUUGCUGGAAAUACACACCCUUCCAAACGACGCUCUACGAGUCCCAAGGGUUGCAGGUGUGCUUCUUCUUCGCGUUAAUGAUAUGCAUUGGAGCAGCCGUCCGUCAUAUCGUUUGGGAGACGGAGUCGCAAAAUGCUAUGGUGAUGAGCGUGAUGGGGUUGAAGCCAUGGCGAAACACCCUGGCUUGGUUCAUCACGUCUUUCGUCGAGCUGUCGAUCGUCAUGCUGUCGAUCGCCACGAUUUUGCUGGCCGGCAGGAUCCUGCCGCGAUCGAAUCCUUUGCUGAUUCUCAUCCUACUUUUCGACUAUAUCUUCUCCAUAGUGACCUUCUGCUACAUGAUCUCGACGAUGUUCAGCUCCGCCAGCCUCGCCGCGGUUACCACGAUCGUCAUGUUCCUGUUAACGUACAUGCCGUACGUCAUUGUUAUCGCGAUGGAGGCCGUGUUCGGACUCGGAUACAAACUUUUAAUCUGCCUGAGCAUGUCCACCAGCUUCUGCUACGGCUGCUUGUACGUCGUGCGAAAGGAGGUUCAGGGCACCGGCCUCUCCUGGGAACACAUCUGGGAAGAGUCGAGUCCUGGUGAUCCGAUGUCCUUGGGACUGGUGCUGCUGACCAUCGCGUUCGACGGGUGCCUGUACGCUGUGAUCGGCUACCUCAUCAGCAGAUACACCAAUUCAGGCAGGUGCUUUCACGGUUUGAGGUGCCGUAGCUUGUGGUGGUCCAACACACGUUCUCUCUAUGGCAGGCCGAGCUACCUCGCCUUCGUCAACAACCUCUAUUUCACUAACGACGUUCUCCAUCCUUCAGCCGCUUACCAAGACGACGAGAGCGAUAUCAGCAGUUUGACCGUCACCGAGAAGCAGAUCGGCGUGAAGUUCGAGGGCGUCAAGAAAGUUUAUCGCACCGAGCAGGGUGACGUGGUCGCGGUGGACGACUUCACUUUGAAGCUCUGCGAGGGCGAAGUGACAAGUUUACUCGGCAGAAACGGCGCGGGAAAGACCACUAUUAUCAAGAUGCUCACGGGGAUGGUGGCACCGAGCGACGGUGAAAUUUGCCUAAACGGCGAGGAGGGUUGUAAGCCCGACAUAGGGGUGUGUCCUCAAGACAACGUGCUCAUCGGCUCGCUGACGCCGAGGGAGCACAUGAUCUUCUACUGGAAGCUUAAGAGGCCUGCCGAUGACGCCGACAUGCUGAAGAACGUUAACGACAUGCUGGCAUCCUUGGAGCUCGGGCGUCAAGAACUCGAGCCGGUGUCACGCUUGUCGGGCGGCACACGGCGUCGACUCUGCGUCGCUCUGGCUUUCCUCGGCUCACCACGACUGGUCAUCUUGGACGAGCCCGGCGCCGGUGUGGAUCCUGCGGCGAGGCGGAGGAUUUGGCGGUUGAUCGACCAACACAGAAUCGGCAGGACCGUGAUCCUGUCGACUCAUCACUUGGACGAGGCGGACAUGCUGAGCGACACCGUCGUGGUGAUGCACAAGGGCAAGAUCCUGUGCACCGGCUCGCCGUUGUCGCUGAAGAUGACUCACGGCCGGGGCUACCGAAUGAACGUCUCGUUCCCGGCCGAUCAGCGCGAAGGCAUCGGCAACGAUAAGGCGCGCCUGAAGGCCCUGCGCGCCGUCGUCGAAGAGAUCGUACCGAACUCCACGACGAACGAGCUCUCCGAGUCCGAAUUCGUCGUCGCGCUGCCUUUCCAGGGGAAAAACGGCAUGAACAAUGACAUCGCGCAAACGGCGAAGGCGCUGGAGGACAGCCGUAAGCUGCUGGGAUUCUCGCACUUCUCGCUCGAGUGCGACACUCUCGAGAGAGUCUUCUUGGAUCUGUGCGCGCGAGCAGACAGCGGAUCGAGCUCUAUGAAAGCGAGUCAAGACAGCGUCGUCACUCUGGAGAGCAGUCACUCAGUCGACAUCUCCACGCCGGACGACGACGUCGAUCUGAUCACGUCGGAGAUGUUGUCCAAGCCCUCGCCGCUCCGGCAAAUGAGAGCCAUCAUCAAGAAGAGACUGUGGCAUUUCGCGAGGGACUGGAGGGCGCCGUUGGCCGCGCUUAUUCUGCCGACCAUGUUCGUCGCGGUCGCCAUGGGGUUCUCGCUGAUACGACCGCCGUCCGAGGACGAGCCAGCUCUGCUUCUGACUCCCAAGCUUUACAACACUCACCCGACCUACUUUUACAGCAUCGACGGGAGCAACGAUCCGUUCCUGCAGCACGUGUCUCUGCAGUUGCACGAUCGCUUCGGGGACGAUUACGCUGGCGCCUGGCAAACUUUACCCAACGACACCGGGACCUGCGAAUGCGUAGACGGCCAGCAAAGCUGCCGCGGGGUCUCCAAAGCCGUCGAAGGUCUCCUUCAAACUCUACCUGGCCGACCUACUUUGGACUGGGUCGUCUCGACACAUCAGGAAUACAUAGAGAAACGAUACGGCGGCUGGUCUCUGUCGCACCACAAGGAGGAUCCUCUCUUCGUCGUUUGGUAUAAUAACAAAGGCCAUCACUCGAUGCCGGCGUACUUGAACGCCCUGAACGAGGCAAUCUUCCGGGCAUCCGGGGUGCCCGGCCACUUAACCACCCUCAAUCAUCCCUUGAAGCUGUCGAGCGAUCAGCUGAAUCGAACGACUCUAUUGCAGCACGUAUCGGAUGUCGGCGUGGCGCUGGUGCUCUUGAUAGCGUUCAGUCUGGUCGGGGCUCAGGGAACGAAGGAGUUGGUCAGAGAACGAUUAUCGGAGGAAAAGAGGAUACUCUAUCUGGCCGGGGUUCACCCCAUCACGUAUUGGACGACGGUUUUAAUUUGGGAUUUCAUAGUGUAUGGCUGCGCCAUUUGCCUGGCGGUCGUCGUGUUCGAGAUCUUCGGCCUGUCAACGUACGUGGCGAAGGAUAAUCUUGUCGGUGUCUGCUUGUUGCUAAUUUUAUUCGGGUGGGCGGCGAUACCGUUCUCGCAUCUCGCCGAGAAGGCGUUCGACGACUCGAGCCUGUCCAACAUGGUGCUCUUCUGCGUGAACACCUUCAUAGGUGUGGCUUGCUUGGCUACCAUCCUCGUGCUCGAUAUCGUCGGCAAGACCAAAACCGCCGAAGACGCGAGGAACAUUCUGCAUUACAUCCUGAUGAUCUUCCCGCAGUACGCCCUCGGCGACGCGUUGGUCGAGAUAGCGAGAAACGACAUCACCGCCGAGCUGCUGCAGAGGUUCCAUAUGGACACGUAUCAGUCGCCGCUCGGCUGGAGCCUGCUCGGUGUCCACUACGUCUUCCUGCUCGUGAUCGGUGGAAUCCUGUUCGUGCUGAAUCUGGUGAUCGAGUGUCGGGUCUUUCCGGACGUGAGGAAACAGAAGGUCAGUUACGAGGUCGUUCACGAAGACGAAGACGUUGCCAGGGAGAGACUGAGGGUCGAGGCCGGCAUGGUCGACGACACCCUGAAGACCCUGAAGCUGCGGAAGGAAUAUAGGAGCGUGUACGGGAAGAACGUCGCGGUGCAAAAUUUAAGUUUCGGCGUGCAGGCAGGAAAGUGUUUCGGUCUCCUGGGGGUGAACGGCGCGGGAAAGAGCACGACCUUCAAAAUGCUGACGACGGAGAUCAUUCCUACGGCCGGCAAGAUAGUCCUGCGAGGAAGAGAGAUUGGCGACAGGCCCCUGUGCAACGGCGAGGUCGGCUAUUGCUCUCAGAGCGACGCUCUGGACGGGUUCCUCACUCCUUAUCAAUGUUUGACGAUCCACGCCGAAGUUUGCGGUUUCUGUAACGUUUCCAAGGCCGUCGAGUCGACGCUGAAGAGGUUCGAUCUGCUCAAGUAUGCUCAUCGGAGGGUCGACGGUCUCAGCGGCGGCAACAGAAGGAAGCUGUGCGCCGCUAUCAGUGUCAUGGCACCUGUGGCAGUGGUACUCAUGGACGAGCCUACCAGCGGAAUGGACCCCGCCACGAAGAGUCUCGUGGCACGGGCGGUGCGGCAAGUGACGAGGAACCAGGGGUGCGUCAUACUGACUUCGCACAGCGUCGCCGAAUGCGAGGACCUGUGCAACCAAGUUGGGAUCCUCGCCCGGGCCGGCCUCAGGUGUAUCGGAACGCCGCAGCAUUUGAAGCACAAAUUCGGCGAAGGAUACGUCGCCUUCCUGCGAUUCAGCCAGCCCGUUACCGCCGCGGAGCUUAGGCGAGCCAUCCUGAAAUAUCUGCCACAGGCGAUGAUCUCCUCGAGGCAGGCUACGGCUGCUCGACUUUUGCUGCCACGGAGCCAGGACAUGGCGCUCAGCGCGAGCUUCAACAUGCUGAAGCUCUUGGCCGAGGAGCUUAAGGCCACCGACUACACGCUCACACAGAGCUCGCUCGACCAGGUCCUGGUGAAUUUCUCGGAGGAGCUGGACGACGAGGUCGUCGACGUGACUGUGUUCGGCCAAGCCAGCAGGAACAGUGUGCCCAACAUGUACACCAGUAUGGACACCAUUCACAUGGACACGUUCUGAGCGCAUUCGCUCGGCCCUUCCCGCUGGAGAACCGGAGGAGCAAUUGGGAUUAGCCUAAGUUUCAUGUCCUCGGCGAAGCCUCUGCUGCUCCCUCAGAGCUCUUACGGCUCGCGAGCGCGAGCACGCGGCGAUUUUCGUAGCAAUUGCUGUGACAGUUUGCCUUUUCGUUCGUUCGUUGUCACGACGAAACGCGCAAUAUGAGCUUAAGCGAAUGGACAGAGGGGGAGAAAGGAUGCGCUUUGUGGUCCUCGCACGGCUUUCCCGGGGAGAUUUUAGACGUCCACUCACCCGUGGGCGACAUGAAUUCAGAUUUGGACCAGCUUCCUCAGAGGAGCAGAUUUUAGAAAUGCGCAGCGAGGCGCGAAACGCAACUCGACGCGGCCUCGGAUCUGUAAAUACUUUUUGCGGAGACUUUAAUUUAGCAAGGAUUCCAGAGAGUUUACUAGUAUUCGUAGCGUAGAGUCUCGUCUCGGUUAGUCCGUGCGGUUUUUAGAAUUAUGGAAUUAAGGGAGGUAUACGUAUAUAUAUUUCUUUCUCUUGUUAUUUCUUUCUUUUUUUCUUAAUAAAUGCGAGACGAAAACGCGAUCCUCGCUCCAUUAGUCGAUUGUGAGCUCGUGAUCGAAAUGAGUACGCGAUCGAUUCAGAGCGAUGCACGCUCACUAAUAGGCCUUCGAACGAAAAUAUCCCGCGAGGUUAACCGAGCGGGGAGUCAAAACUCCCGGUUUUUGCCACCGGAUGAUUGCUCAAUCGAUUACGAUCCUGUUUCAGCAAACAGGAUAAUAUUAUUCCCUCGCGCGUCCGCUAAAUAUCUGACACGUGCGUGUAUGUCUCUCGCUCCCUACAACCUCGUACCUACAUAUCUCGUAUGUUUUUGUGCGUGUAUGCGUGUCGAUUGUGUAUAGUAUCGUAGUAGAAAUCGAUGAAGUAUAAAACCUUUUUUUGAUUUAGCCAAUAACAGCAGUCGAUCUCCACUUCUGUCUCAGGACAUCGUGUUUAUUAAUUUAAACAUUAACUUAAUUAUUAAAUUAAACCUCGACGACGUCAUUCAUGAGCACGAGUAUGACAAAACUCGACAUGUCGGUUGUUACUUUAUAUCACUGAUCCUACACAUUCCGUCAGAUUUGAGAGACCAGUAAGGAACUUCGAGGUGUGUGAACAUGACACAGGUUAUCAAUUUUUGACGCUACGAAUGGUCAAACUGCUAAGUGUCGUUUUGAUGAGACUUACAAAAGAACUUAUUUAGGAAUUACUUUUAAUAUUUUCAACCCCUUGUCUACAUUUAAUUUUCUUCCUUCUUAAUUUUUAAUUUCAGUAUGUAGAAUGUUAGAUAUGUAACAAACUCAACUGUAGAGAGAGAGAGAGAGAGAGAGAAAAAGAGAGAUAGAGUAUUAUAUGUAUUG